AUGGCAAUGGCGAGUUUUUCCAGACGAAAGGCAUCGACGCUGCUCUCAAAUCCUCUCUGCAACAAUUCCAAGUACUCUCUCUCUAUGGCCAGAGGCUUCGCUUCCUCGGGAUCUGACGAGAACGACGUCGUGGUCGUCGGCGGUGGACCCGGCGGCUACGUCGCUGCCAUCAAGGCCGCUCAGCUAGGCCUCAAGACCACCUGCAUCGAGAAGCGCGGUACUCUCGGCGGCACCUGCCUCAACGUCGGUUGUAUUCCUUCUAAGUUGAGCCUUGUUGUUGAAUCGGCAAUUAAAAUGUUGUGGUUUUGA